AAGUUGUGCGCUCAUUUGGAGAGAUAACAAAUCUAAGGGACAGCUUGAUAAUCUCACUAAAUCAGGAGUACUGUGAGCCAGGCCAAGGACUUGAGCUUUCCAACGGUGACGAGAUUGCCAUCAUUCCUCCAAUCAGCGGAGGCUAAUCACUAUGGACUACAUCAAAUUAACUGAAGAAGUGCUCUCUGUGGAGGAGGCCACAUCCCUGGUUACUCAUCCUUCCUGUGGUGCAAUCAGUCUUUUCAUUGGGACCACAAGAGAUAAUUUUGAGGGUAAGGAUGUUCUUCAGCUUGCAUAUGAAGCAUACCAGGGUAUGGCAGAAAAGGAAAUGCGCAAAAUCUGUGCUAUAGCAAGAGAAAAGUGGAGUCUGAAACACAUAGCUCUUCACCACAGAUUGGGUCAUGUACCAGUGACUGAAAGCAGCGUAAUUGUAGCAGUCAGUUCUGAACAUCGUCGUGAGUCCUUAGAAGCUGUCACCUUCCUCAUUGAUGGACUGAAGGCCAAAGUUCCAAUUUGGAAAAAGGAGUUAUACAGUGAUGGCAGUGGUGACUGGAAGAGGAACAAGGAGUGUGUUUGGGGAACAGAUAAGAAGACAGAGUCUGCUGUGAACAAAAGGGAAAUUAUUGAUAAUAACAAAAGGUCUUUAUCAGAGGAGAAGAAUGUUGAAAUAAGACCACCUAUGAAAAGAAUCAGAGAAGAAAUUGAAUUUGUCAAUGAACCUGUGAAGGAUAGCAAUACUCAGGAAGAGAAGACUGAUCUGGACCCAAAUUAUGUACAAAUUCUAGCAUCAAAGCAGGAGAUCAAUCGACGUAUUGCUGCAUUCCAACAACAUAAGAGAGAAGAACUUGAUGUGUUAAAUAUUCAAGAAUUUUGCAGCCUGUCAGGAGGACCAGCUUCUCAAAACUCCAGUGCUCGCAUCUCUGCUGUUGUUUUAAGAUCAAAAGGAUCAAGAAGUCAUCUGAAAUUAACCCAUGUGGUAAAUGAAUGGGGUCCUCAGACUCUGGGAAUGGAUCCUGGCUCCAUUUCUACUAAUCAGGCAAAGGAAAUAAUCAAGCAAGAGGGAAUUGGCAAUAACAAUGGAAGCAGCAGGGAAGACUCACUGGAGCCAGGUUUAAAUUCCUCUCCAAAAUUUUCAGGAGAAAACAAAUGUAAACAAGAUGGUAUCUCUUCCUCAGAAGAGGGGAUGCAAUUUACAGGUAUAGAGGAGCGGCUCCACAAUUUAGAAGUUCAUCUGAGAAUUUUUCCUCGAUCACCCAUUCCACGUGAUAUUUAUGCCAGGCUAAAGCAAGUGGAAGACCGGGUACUACACUUAGAAGGCCUUUCUCCUGAAUACUUCGGAAAUUAUAGGGUGUUGACAUCAUCCAGGAAAAAUAAAAAUUCAAGGGAAAUUAAAGCAUCUGCAGAUGACAUCUGCCUGGAUGACUUGGAUAUGAAAAUGCAUAAACUGAAGAUGAAACUAAAGCAAAUGCAAGUAAAACAAGAAUUAUAGCACAGUGUAAGUUUGAGAUCAGUUCAUUGUUGGUUAAGAAAGUUGAAUAUAUAAUUGCUUUACAUAGAUUUUUUAAAGAAGUCUUAAAAUAUUAGCACUAUGUGAACAUUUUAUCUUUUAUUGUUCAUAUUUUUAGUGCUGAAAUUAGAUAUGAGAAAUAUUUAAUGAAAGGAAAAGUUAAAGUUAUGAUUAUUCAUGGAAGUAUAUUCAGCCCCUUAAGGUUGGGGUGUGUUUUCAUUUGAUACAAACAAUGAAGGGACAUUGCAUUCUCCAGGUUAUUGUUAUUUUCUGUUCCAUUACAUGAACUUACCAGCACAAUUUGGAGAGAUGGAAUGUCCUUGAUAUCAACUGCCAUAAUGAAACUAUAAAUUUUGGUGAAUUUACUGUUGAUGAGUAAUAAGCAAAAGUAAUCAGUGGGCCACACUAGCAUCAUGUAUAAAUGUUUAAAUCAUGUAUAAAAGUCUUGAUUGACAUGAGUAUCAGCUAUAUAGUACUUGAAUUAUAGCAGCUGUGGAUUGUCCCUACUAAAAGAGUGGAUCUGAGGAUCUGCUUAUGUACAAAUUUUUGUUAAGAUACAUAGUUUGUUGAAUUUAUACCUUCCAUUGUUAGUAGCUGCUGACUGUUCUAUACUAAAAAAAUAAAUAAAUAAAUAAAAUAAA